CUGUGGACCCGAUCGUAUAUUAUCACGUUAUAGCUCACGAUUGGUGACGAUCGAUUUAAAGCUAACCAGUCGCUUGUUCCAUGAUGAAGAACGCAGUCGUUUUCGCUCUAAUAUGUUGCCACCUUGUGGUGGGUUCGCAACCCGUACUACGGAACGAAUCAGAAACGAUAACCGACACGGAACCCUUUCAAGGAUUGAAACCAAACCUUAUGUUUCAGGUGCUGAGGCGGUUGGAUGAGAUUGAUCAGCGAAUAAGCCAUCUAGAACGAAGAAUUCAGAGCAACCACCAUUUAACCACCGGGGUCAUCACAGAAAAACUGGAAGGCAUCAGUGAUAAGCUCGAAAGCAUCAACAAAACAUUGCGCCAAAAUGUGGGCACAUAUUAUGGCUCCUGUCUGGAAGCACCGGCCAGGCUAAGUGAUGUGUACACGAUUAAACCACCGGCAUCAAGUAUAGCCCCGUUCCAGGUGUACUGUGAACAGAGCUACCGAAAAGGAGGUUGGAUUGUGCUGAGCCGACGGUUUGAUGGGACACUCAACUUUACCCGUGAUUGGGCCGACUACCGUGAUGGUUUCGGUACGCCCGAGGGCGAGUAUUGGUUAGGGCUCGAGAAAAUGCACCGCAUUACCGGGUCCGACUACUUCCAGCUGUUGGUGCAUCUGAAGGACUAUGACGGUACGGUCAAGACGGCACUGUACGAUGAGUUUGAGGUAGGGAACGAAGCCACCGGCUAUCGGUUGCAUUUGGGUGAGUUCGUUGAAGGAAAUGCGAAGGAUUCGCUGCGUAUCAGUGUUGGGAUGAAGUUUUCCACACCCGAUCGGGAUAAUGAUGAGCAUACGGGAUCUUGUGCCGAGUUCUACGCUAGUGGUUGGUGGUUUAGGAACUGUAUGAACGCCAAUCUCAACGGUGUUCAUCGUAAGUUUGACGCACAGAAUUCCACAAUGAACUGGUUCGGUUUUCGAGACGAUCUUCAAGGUUUGAAGGAGUCAUCGAUGAUGAUAAGAGAGGUGCCUGCUUAGCGUACAAUGGCCUUCAGUGACCCGUGGUGACGAGGCCAUUGUUUGGUAGCUUCUAAUCCAAUUCUAUACCAACAAAGUGUUUGUUCUUGCUCGGUGUCUCCAAAAUUCGCUUCACACUUUCACAAUUACACGCUACAUGUAAGGUUAGGAAUAUCUCACACCAAUGAAAACUUCACCGAUGAAAAGGCCACGUGUCACCUUGUUCGGUUAUUGCGUAUCAUGGUUUACCCAUUGGUAAGACAUUUCACUACACUAAAUCGCAUCGCAACUCAACACACACGUAACUUGCUAACUGUGAGCUAUAAAAAUUCAGCAAUUUUUCACUUAUUAUACACAGGAAGAAAACUAAACUUUCUUUCAAAAAUCACACCAACCUACACUGAACGUGAGUUCGAUUCUGCUUGACAGUCACGGCGAAGGAAGCUAUCUAGUGACGGUUGCCAUGGAGACGGGACACGCACACAUUACACUAGCGUGGUACGCGUGACCGUACCUGGCAACGGUAAACAUAAACAAACCGCUGGCACCUCAGCCGUGCCAGUGGGAAAGGAAUUGUUCGGCGUAUGGCCAACUUUCUUCGUGUCCUGUCAUCGGUCGUAAAAGCAAUGAUUAAGGUUAAUUUAACCCUUAAUACACUUGUAGAGAUUGAAAUACAUGUAUAAGCAAGUAAAUGAUUAUGAAACAGGAACGUGCAAGCAGGACAUUUCGAUCCUUUUGGCAUUUAAGGGUGCAACAUAGCAUGUACAUUGGCAGUCGCAUGGCGAAGGCGAAGAAUUCAAUAAUUCUCAUCAUAGUUGAUCAAACAAUAUUUACAUACCCACCCGUUUGUGGUAACGGGUGCAACCUAUUUAUCAUGCGAGGAAAGGAUUUUACACUUGGUUUAAGGCGAAGCGUGUAAUAAAUGGGAACGAUUAGAUACUAGAAAGGAUUAUGAUAAAUGUAUACAAUACAAUCCUUUGUUUACUUUGUUGCUAAAUGUAAACAAUUAAAGAUUAAAUAAAAUUUUGUUAAAAAAAAAUAAAUUAGAAAAUCGUGAAAAAGUAAAA